AUGGCAGGAGUAAACAGCCACGACAUCAACACAAACAAAUCUGUGAUAGGAGCUGAUCAGCCCACAAACCCAUCCAAAAUGCCAGCAAAUGGACCCACCUUCCAUCUCUUCCGGCAACUCCCAUACGAGCUACGCCUUGAGAUCUGGGAGACGGCCGUCUUCGACCUCCCAUCGCGGGUCUGCUCCUUUAAUGAAGUCAUCCAGCUUCAUUUCAGGAGUGGAGUGCUUGAUUGGAGCCACCCAAGCAGUCUUGUUGUUUUCGACUCGCCUUCAUUGCGAUAUGUCUGCCAGGAGUCCCGCCAAGUCGCACUCAAGCACUCCGCCACCGCUGGCUGGACGAUUUCUGGCACUACGCACCCCUUCCGAUACUACGACGCCCGUGGAGGCAUUCUCUACAUAGACAAUUUUAGAAGGCUCCCUAGCCUGGAGAAAUCUUUCAGAACGCAGAACCAUGGCGAGACCGAUGAAUUCAACGCAUCGGCUGCUAUGAGGGUCCGACAAGCCCGCCACGUUGUCAUACCGUGGAAAUCAUUCCAGUUGGAAAACUACUUGUCAUGGCAAGAUAUCGAGCGUGAUGAGGGCUUCACCUAUUCCUUCGUUUCCGAGUUGAUCCGACUUUUCCCACGACUUGAGGAAAUAACAGUUGCAAUUUCACAGACGGACGUGGCAGACACCGUCGCCUCACGCCAGUGUCGGUCCACUUGGGAACCUCCCCAGCGCCCAUGCAAACUGGGAGCAUUUGCAAGAUUUGAGCCGACGAGCGAAGAGCAGCCAGAGAUAACUGUUGUGGACAAUGCGUAUCGCGAGGAACCUUUGAGAUCACUCUACCGCCAGGUCGGGAGGAUCAGUGGCUCCUUUGAAAGAGCGGCCAACAUCAUCGCUGCCACUAUCGGCACUCAGCGUCUACCUGCACCCAUGAUCGCCCAUGUUUACCAACUUUCCCAAGGCGCCGAUGCGGGUUACAAAUGGCAAGAGAUACCUGGCACACGAUGA